GCUUGUUAAGAGCAGAGUACAGAAGCUGUUGUUGUAGUUCAAGUAUAAAUAUAAAUCUAAACAAAUAAGACCCUUACAUUUUAUUUCCGCAGAGACUAAUUAUUAACCUGUACAAGCAGAUAUUAGAGCUGUUUUAAGUAAUAGGAGCCAUGUCGUCACCGGGGGGACAGGGAGGAGCCUUGUCCACUAAAGCAACAGGACAAAAGAGGAUGAAAUGGGCUCUGGAGCUGAGUCUGGCCAACACCAGGACCCGAGGAGACAGGCAGCUUAAGGAUGGAGAAGUUAUGUAUCCUGUGGGCUACUCGGAUAAACCAGUCCCUGACACAAGCGUGCAGGAAGCAGACCGCAACCUGGUGGAGAAGAGAUGCUGGGAUGUAGCCCUUGGCCCUCUGAAGCAAAUUCCCAUGAAUCUGUUCAUCAUGUACAUGUCUGGAAACACAAUUUCUAUCUUCCCCAUCAUGAUGGUGUGUAUGAUGGCUUGGAGGCCCAUUCAGGCGCUCAUGUCCAUGUCUGCCACCUUUAAACUGCUGGAGAGUUCAAGUCAGCAGUGGCUCCAGGGUUUGGUCUACCUAAUUGGCAACUUGCUCGGCUCAGCGCUAGCCAUCUACAAGUGUCAGUCAAUGGGUCUCCUCCCAACACAUUCGUCUGAUUGGCUCGCGUUUAUUGAACCUCCACAGAGGUUGGAGAUAAUGGGUGGAGGAUUGGUCCUGUGAGCCUUCAAAACCUCUAUGCAUUUACACACACAAACCCUUUGCCUGUUUAACACAAUUUCAUUAAUUUAUGUAAGUUUUGAAUGAGAUCUCCUUUGUCUUUGUUUCAUACGCUUCUGCUACAUAUAACAAUGUCCUUACAAAAAGAGAUUUAAUAAACGUAUUUCAGUACUUUUGA